AUGUAUGGCAUGGCAGGUUCUCCAUUUCCACUUACUCCUGCUGGAUGCUGCCGCUAUGACAGUUCUUUAGGUAACCUUAAUAUUGCGGGUGUUGAUGAUUCAAGGCCUGGAGAAGCAGAUAUUGAUCUCUCUGUAUUACAGGCAGAAAUUGAAAACCUUACCAUGAAAGAGCGCACAUUAGAUGAUCAAAUAAGAGAAAAGCAGGAAAGAUUGAGGGAUUUGAGUGAGAAUGAGAACAACCAGAGGUGGCUUUUUGUGACUGAAGAAGACAUCAAGGGUCUACCUUGUUUUCAGAAUGAAACCCUGAUAGCAAUUAAAGCUCCACAUGGAACUACCCUGGAAGUACUUGAUCCUGAUCAAGCUGUUGACUACCCACAAAGGAGAUACAGGAUGAUCCUUAGAAGCACAAUGGGUUCCAUUGAUGUUUACCUAGUCAGCCAAUUUGAGAAGUUUGAAGAGGUGAAUGGUGUUGAGCCACCUGCAAGUCUCUCACUAGCUUCAAGCUCUGGCUCUAAUGAAAACCGAGUUGAUUUGUUUAAUACGGAUGAUACCAGAAUGGAAAUCGAACCACAGGCAGUGCAAACUCAUCAAAUGUGCGCUGAUGUUAAUGCUUCACAGUCUGUUGGGGAAAUGAUGAAAAUUGUUCCUUCGAAUAUUGAUAACGAUGCAGAUUAUUGGCUUCUUUCAGAUGCUGAUGUUAGCAUUACGGAUAUGUGGAAGACAGACUUUGUUGAAUGGAGUGGGGUAGAUAUGUUUGAAGCUAAUUUUGGAAUGGCUGAUAUCAGUACCCCGAGGCCCCAAUCCUCGCCAUCCAAUCUUUAAUAUACAUGGAUUAGUUACACAGAUACAAGCAUUGCAUGUUGGAAUUCCGGGUUAGUUCGUUGGUUGAGUGUUGAAGACAAUACAUGCUAUGGACGAUACUGGGAUCACAUGGUUGAUGCUG